CCCAUAAUAUUACGAAAAUAUAGGCCAAAAGAGAAGAUUAUUCUUAAUUUAUUAGUUGUUUGAAACACGAUAUGUUCGAAAAUGGAAAUGCAGUGUGUUUUAGUGUCUGAUUUUGAGAGAGUUUGUCGCAUUUGUAUGAAAUUUGGUCACACAUUUUUGCCAAUCAAUUCAUUUAAAAUAAUUGAUAUGAUAAUAGCAUGUGCUUCUAUACAGAUUUGGGAAAAUGAUGGUUUACCAAAUCAAGUAUGCAACGAAUGUUUUCUUCAAUUACAAAAUACCAUUAAUUUUAAACAAUUGUGUGAAAACUCAGACAACGCAUUUCGUCAAAUUAUUGAACAGAGUAAAAGCAGUUUAUGGAACAAUCAAAAUAAUUUGGGCAACGUGAAAAAUGAAGAAUUAGAUAGUGUUAAUUACCCAGUUUAUAUUAAAGAAGAGAAUGAUGAUGAAACUGUUCAAAAUAAAGAUGAUGAUAACAUAAACUUAACGCAGAACAACAUUGGAGAAAUGGUGGAGAUUAAAAAGGAGGACAAAUCAGAACUUAGUCGAAAAAGAACUAGGAAAAAAAACAUUCAAUAUAAAUACGAAGAAGAAAGUGAUGGUUAUGAAAAUUUAAAUGACGACGAUAAUGAUUCUAAUUAUGACAGUGAAAAUGAAAAGUUAUCGGAUUUAAAAGAACAACUACCUCAGAUAAGUGAAUACGAAUGUGAAACAUGUUCUAAGACAUUUAAAAAAGUCGAUGCACUUGGUUGGCAUAUGAAAAGAACGCAUAAUGCAAAAGGUGUUAAAUGUGGACGAUGUUCAGUAGUUUGUUACCAUUCGUUACAUUUACGUGCCCAUGAAAAAAAACAUAACAAGUGUCGUAUUUGUAAUACAUCGUUUUCAACACGAAAAAAAUUAGUAGAACAUAAAUUAAUACAACAUAAAAUGACUCAAGAAAAACGUUUGAAAUGUGAAAAGUGUGAGGAAACAUUUCAAACGAAGAAAAUUUUACAAAAACACGUUCGUAAAAUGCAUCCAAAAGUGAAGCCUCCAAAAGCGAAAAGAGUGGAUAAGGCUAGACUACAGGAUGUAAGUUGUGAGGUUUGUGGAAGAACUGUUCGUCGACGAAAUCUACGCUCGCAUAUGUUAACGCACAGAGAACGUGAUAAUCUAAAUUGUCGGUAUUGUGCAAAAGUAUUUACAAAACCAGAAGAACUGAAGGAUCAUAUGGAAGUUUCACACAAGAAAUGUGUAUGCGAUCAUUGUGGACUUAGGUUGCGUUCCAAUCAACUUAAAAAACAUUUAUUAACGCACACCAAAGAACGUCCUCAUGCUUGUGAUAAAUGCGAUAAAACUUAUCGUAAUGGUUAUGAAUUAAAAUCGCACAUAUCACGUGUUCAUUUGAAUGAACGUAAUUUUGUUUGUACGUUCUGUUCGCAAGCAUUCUUUGAUAAGAAAAUCUUAUUGAAUCAUGUAAGACGACAUACUGGUGAAAAACCAUACAAAUGUCAAAUAUGCGAAAAGGCGUUUAUACAAAGUAGUGCUUUAAAUGUUCACAUGAAGAUGCAUGCAAAUUAUAUAUAAAAUUUAUUCGAGAUGGAAGGAUUGAGAAACUGAGAACGAAGAUCAUCGUAAAUUCAACACAGAGAUCCAAGAAAUUAGGCAAUAAUUAUUCAUUCAGCAUUACAUUUGUAUAUGGAGGGUAGAGAUAAGGAGAACCAUCUCUGUAUAUAAAAAGUGUCCAUCGAAAAGCAGUAAAUAAGGGUGUCGCUGCUGUAGCAAAAGUGGUAAGUUUUAAAAGAAGUGCUCAAAGUAAUAAUAGUAAGAUAAAGAUCUAAACAAGUUGUUCGAGAAGGAUAGAGAAUUUCAAACACCUCCUGCUACACAAGCGCCAUUCUGGUCAAUUUUGUAACUGUUAUUUGCUGUUUUUAGAUGGACACUUUUUUUACUUUAACUCCCAUUUAAGAUAGUUCUCCUUAUCUCUACACUCCAUACAUUUGUAAUAAAUAAAUUGCGAGGGUUUGGAGCACAACAAUUUCCAGAAGAGCGUCUUUAGAUUUAAUUAUAAUAUUAAGAAAACUUUAAUAUUUGACUUGAAUCUAUGCCUAGACUCAUUUUCAAAUACUUCCAGUCCUUCCAGAUUGUCUUUAACUCACUUAUUGUACAUACUUGCAAAAAUCCUGGACUAUGUAGCUUAUAAAUUGAAAAUAUAUACAUUUUAUUAUGAAUAGCAA